UUUGUUCAUCGAUCUUUCUCCCUUGUGUUCAAAUAUUUCUUCUUCUUCAUUUUUCUUUCUCAAUUUAAUAUCUCUUUUGUGUAAUGGUAAGAGAGUUAUAUGGUUACAGUUCUAAGACUCACUACCCCACCAAAAUAAUGUACUGGCCAUUGUUUAGGUCGGCAACAUAAUGUUGAAUUUCUUCAAAAUUAUAAUAAAAAUCUCUCUUUCAAACGAUAGACUCUUGUGUUUUUAAAAAAGAAAUUUCGCGUGUAGCACGCGGCAAGCUUUUUAAAUGCCAAAACAGAACAUCGUUGUCCCAGUUACAUCUGUCACCCUGACAAGUUAAGAGUCUUCUAUUUUGUUCCCCACUGAAUCCGCCAUUGUUGUCACUGUCUCAAAUAAAAAAAAGAUAAAUACUCUUCCUCCGUUUCUGAAUACUAGCAUUCAUGAAAAUGGGAAGCUUGAGUACGAUUCUGAGACACCCAGAUGAGAUAUAUCCGCUCUUGAAGUUGAAAAAUGCGAUCACGAAAGCUCAGAAUCAGAUCCCACUUGAUCCACACUUAGCUUUCUGCUACUCGCUGCUCCAAAAAGUUUCUAAAAGCUUUUCUCUUGUUAUUCACCAACUAGGCCCCGAGCUCCGUAACGCCGUGUGUGUGUUCUACUUGAUUCUCCGGGCUCUUGAUACUGUUGAGGAUGACACAAGCAUACCAAUGGAGAUCAAGGUUCCAGUUCUUAUAGAUUUCCAUCGUCACAUAUUCGACCGUGACUGGCAUUUUUCAUGUGGUACAAAGGACUACAAGGUUCUAAUGGAACAAUUUCGCUAUGUUUCUGCAGCAUUUCUGGAACUUGAAAAAGGGUAUCAAGACGCUAUUGAAGAUAUAACUAAAAGAAUGGGUGCAGGAAUGGCCAAAUUCAUUUGCAAUGAGGUAGAAACGGUUGAUGAUUAUGAUGAAUACUGCCAUUAUGCUGCUGGACUUGUGGGUUUAGGUUUGUCAAAACUCUUCCUCGCUUCGGAUUUAGAAAUAUUGACUCCAGAUUGGAAGCAGAUUUCAAAUUCUACAGGUUUGUUUCUACAGAAAACGAAUAUUAUUAGAGAUUAUCUUGAGGACAUUAAUGAGAUACCAAAAUCACGCAUGUUUUGGCCUCGUGAGAUAUGGGGGAAAUAUGUUGACAAGCUCGAGGACUUCAAAAAUGAGGAAAAUUCAAGAAAAGCAGUGCAGUGUUUGAAUGAGAUGGCCACUAAUGCAUUGAUUCAUGUUGAAGAUUCCUUGAAAUUCAUUUCUUCAUUGCGGGAUUCUGCAAUAUUUCGCUCGUGUGCCAUCCCUCAGAUAGUGGCAAUUGGAACACUUGCAUUAUGUUAUAACAAUGUACAAGUAUUUAGAGGCGUUGUGAGAUUGAGGCGAGGUUUAAUAGCUAAAGUAUAUGAUCGCACAAAGACGAUGGAUGAUGUCUAUGGUGCAUUCUAUGAUUUUUCUUGCAUGCUAAAAGUAAAGGUCGACAAGAAUGAUCCACAUGCCAUCAAAAUACUAAACCGACUCGAAACCAUCAAGAAAGUCUGUAGAGAAAAUGGAGUUUUUCACAAGAGGAAAUAUUAUGUUAACUAUGAAACACAAUCAAAGACAAUCUUUAUGGGAAUGCUUGUGCUUCUACUAGCCAUAUUAUUCUUUGCGUCUUUUAUAAAACAAACCAAUGUAAUGUAAGUGACACUUGAAGAUCUUGAAAUCAUGAUGAACAUAAUUUGUAGUUUCUUCUGAAAGUUUUCAUCAAGCUUUAUUUACGUCACAUUUCUCUUUUCUGAAAACCAAAUCCUUAUUUAAGAUUGUUUCCAUAACAAGAGAGUUUAAACUUGGUUUGGUCUAAAACCAUGGAUUCACUUACUGCCUUCUUUGUCUUGUACCGUUUUAUUUUAUUUUAUCUGUAGUUGGAAUAAACGUCAUUUUGUUCAUCUAUCUUUCUCCUUAAAUGUUUCUUCUUUUUUGUUCUUUUCUACUCAAAUUAAUACUAAUUCUUUU